UAUACUAUCCCUACUACGCUAUGUUUUGCUGAUGCAGAAUAAAACACCCGCUGAGCUGCGACAAAACAAGACGAAAACAGUUGCAAAAUAGCGCGCGAACCGAGCGCACGUGUGUAUCUGAUCCUGAGUCUGAGCCCACUCGAUACGAGAACGAUUUUGUCUGCCGAGAUACAACUUUUUUUUCCAUCAAAUUCAUCAUGGAGCUUGAAAAAAAAUCAUUCGUCGACGCGUUCGCCGCGAAUCGCGAUAAAUUUAGCGCCGUCUUAAGCUCCGAGCAGAAAGGAGACGAAAAAAAUUCAAAAUCGUCCAAAGAAUGGCGACAAAAAGGCAAUGAAUUGUAUACAAAAAGUAGCCAUGAAGCACCCAUGCACAAGGAGAUAUUCAUUAAUUACACUAAAAGCAUAUUAUUUGCACCUAAUGACUCUGAAGAACUGGCUCUUGGCUACGGCAACAGAUCAGCAUUUCUUUUACACAUUGAAAAGUAUCAAGAUUGUAUAAAUGAUGUUGAUAAAGCUUUAAAAAUUACUUCAUCCAAAUCUAUGAAAGUAAAAUUAUUGUGUCGCAAGGCUGAGUGUUUAAAACACCUAAAAGUGUCUGAAUUUCAAGACGUAUUGAAUGAAGCUAAAUCUGUAUUAAACGAUGAUGAUCUAGAAGCUAAAAGAAAUCUUGACAAAGUAAUUGAAAGAGUCAAUAAUAUACAAAUAAAAGAUGAAAAAAAAGAAGAAAAUGACAAUAAUGAUGUUGAAAUGAAUAAAGAAAUAGAAUCAAAUGUCCUGGAUUCUAUAACUAUUAGAUACAAUAAUAAAUAUGGAAGACAUUUGACAGCUAACAAAGACUAUAAUCCAGGAGAUAUAAUUUACAUAGAAAAAAUGUAUUCAGCAGUGCUUGAUGUUACAAAAAGAUAUACAAACUGUGCCUACUGUUUGAAAAGAUCUUGGUCUGGAAUACCAUGUGAAAAUUGCUGUUGGACUAUGUACUGUUCUGAAGAUUGUAAAAAGAAAUCAUUUAUUGAACAUCAUGAUAUCGAGUGCUCUCUGAUUCCUCAAAUUGAGGCAGAAAAUUAUGGUUUUUUAUCUUGUUUUCAUAUUUGCUUGAGAGUACUUUUAAAAGGUUUGAAAGAAAAUAAUAUGCACAUUGAACAAAUGAAAAGUAAACUUAGAAAAACUGAUGAAAAUGAAACUCCAUACAGAGGAUUUAUGGAUAACAGUACAUUUAGCAUGAAUACGUUUAGUGCUGUCUAUUCUUUGAAGAGCAAUGAAAUUCCAUCAUACAUUUUAGAACAACUUGCUUUUAAUGCAUGGGUGAUAAUUCUUCAUUUACUUAAAAAUACUUCUUUAUUUGGUGAAGCUAAAAUGUACAACAAAAUUGAACAGUUGAUAAAAAAUGAAGACGUACUUUUUCUAGGUUCUAUUUUUACAAAACUUUGUAUAAUAAAGUACAAUAACAAUUAUGAUCUAUCUGGCAAGUUGGAUAUUUGUGAAAACAUGCAUGACCAAGAAAUUUGCAGAUCUGUUGCGUGUUGUAAAAAAGGAACUGGUUUAGGUACCUUAACCAGCCUGAUAAAUCAUAGCUGCUUUCCAAAUGCUGCGUUUUGCUUCACUGAAGAUUCAAAGUUGAUUAUAUAUGCCUGUUUGCCAAUUAAGAAAGAUUCUCAGAUAUUUAUUAGCUACGGUCUGUUGUAUUAUGAUGUUGAAUAUGAAGAGAGACAAUCAUUUUUAAGCAAGUACUAUUUCAAUUGUGACUGUGAAGCUUGCGGUGGUAAUUGGCCACAAGUUUUGUUGAGUCCUGAAAAGUAUGAGAAGGAAAUUCUCAUUACAAAUUUGAGCCCAGAUGAAGAGAAAACAUUAAAAGAACAGUGUAAAAAAGUAUUUGAAAUACUGCAGCAAGUCUCAGACUCAUUUGAUUCGUUCAAAUUAAGAAUAGUGUCUAGCGCUAUCACUAAGGCUUCCAGUAAUUUAAAGCAACCAUCUCUGAUUACAAGUUGCCUCAUUGAAAGUUUGCACAAAGGUUUUGCUUUUAUUUUUGAAGCUAAACAACAUGUGUUUGGUCAGUGUGUCGAGGAAAAAAAAUAGACUUUAUAGAUGUAAAAAAUUAAAAGAAAAUUUUCUAUAGAUCAUUUAAAUGUAUAAUUUGACAGGACUUCUUUGCUAAUUUGAAGGAAGUAAUGGUACAAAAUUUACUAAAUUCAUGAAAUAAACAUACUAUUCAUACAUUUCAUUUUAUGAAUAAUUGAAUUUUCACUAAACUUUCGAGGGUAUGUCUCACAAAUUUUUGAUUUGCUUCGAUUAUCUUCGGGAGCCUGGGCAGAAAUUUUGAACUGAAAGAUUACACAGUUUUUUUUAACUACUCAAAAUC